AUGCGCAGCCUGGUAUGGAAUCUAAGACACAAUCCGGUUCUUCGUAAGAGGGCAAUGCAAACUGACGAACAACAAUGCGAAAACCAGCGAAUCCAACUAGAAAACUUGCACACUUCAAUCAAGAAACCGGAACCGACCGCUGUGAGAUAUGACAAUGGUGACUUGUACAAGCCAUCGGGUAUUAUAGGUGGUAAUGGAGUUGAUGCUGACUCCAAUUGGUUCGGGAAAACAAGAAUCAUUUCUUUGAAUUCAAUGAUUGAAAAACACAUUUUAAUCACGUUACCACAUUCCCCUCUCGUCACACUAUCGGUAGUAUUAUAUCAACCAUUACCCACCACUACCACCAAUUCUACCCAAAAAUCCGCAUUACUUCUCACUUCCUACAAAUAUGAAUAUCAACGCGGCCUUAUUCCUUUAUACAAAGAUAUCAUGAACGGGUUAACGGCAGCCGGUAUCUCUUGUGUACAAAUGAGGUUUACGAGUAAACCCGAAAAUUUAGAAUAUUGCAUUCAAGAUAUACUUGAAGUUAUUGAGAAAGUAAAACGCGAUUAUGGAAUUGAAAAAUUUGUGAUUGCUGGUUGGAGUUUUGCUGGUGCGAUAGUGUUGCGUAUUGCUGCAUCGAAACGUUCGAGAUUGAUUUAUGGUUGUGUGACACUUGGUAUUCAGUCAACUGAACCAAUUUCAAUGGAAACAAUGCGCAAAAUAUCCCCGUUGCCGAUUCUUAUAAUUCACGGAUACAGAGACAAUCAAGCCGACAUUCGCAUUUCUAAAGAAUUAUAUUGUAAUGCGUUAGCGCCUAAAGGAAUUUAUUUACCUUUCAGUGUUGAUCAUCAGUUUAUCGUAAAAGAAAAUACAACGAAAAAAAUUGUUAAUUUUUGUAAGAAUGCUUUUGAUUGA